AUGUCGUCAAUCGCGCGGCCACCAGACCCAUGUCUAGUGGCCAUCAUUCUCAUCGUACGAUCACGCACCGGCCCCCGUCUCGUCUUCCACUACCCUCCCAACCCACUCAGCGAGAAUCGAGCCAAGACAACUACAAAGGGCGGGCGGCGCAGCUCCCGCUCGCGAAAUCGACAUGGCGCCAAGAAUACGGACUCAAGCUCCAGUGACGAUAGCGGACUAAGCUCAGACGAAGAUGAAGAAGAACGGGAGCGCGAAAACCAGAACCCCACCGCUCAGGCAGUUCCGGGCCAGGUACAAAGCGGCAGCAGCCACCCGACAACGCCGAGCCUGUUGCUAGCACGCCGCGCGAGCAACUUUGGCAUCGUUGAUGACAAUGCGUCUAUUGCCUUGUCGCCUGGGACUGGGCCAACGGAACCGACUCGCCCGGGGUCUUUGGGCUCCGGCCGGGGCUCGUCGCUGAGGAAGCGGGGUGGUGCUGGGUCUGAUCCGGAGGAUGAUGGGGCGUCGGAUCGGGAUGGUGCAGGUGGAUCAUCGCGGGCGCCAUUUGUGUCGCUUUUGGGAUUACCGGGGAGCGUAUGGGAGAAAUUGUUGAGUCCGUCUCGAUCAUGGCACAAACGGCGGUUUGAAGUGGGGAUUAAUGAUCUCGCCCUUAUCGGGUGGCCUGUGUUCGUACGAGAAGAUGGAACCUGGCGCAAGCAGCGGCGAAAGAAAAAGAAGAAGAAUCGGUCCGAAUGGGAUGGUGGAGAAUUGGGUCAUAAUGAUCUCGAGGGCGCUGGAGAUGAGGAUGGGGUUGCUUCUCCUGAUAUGGGGGCUAGUAUUGCGACCAUUUCGGAGAUGACGCUUUCUCCGACUGAGACUAAGCGCCACUCUACGGCUAGUGUGAAGCUUGGGAAGCAGCCGGAUGAUCCCGAAGACAAAGAUCAUAUGACGAUGUUCAAUGUGGUAUUCGUGAUGGAUCCUCCUUUACUUGAGUACUCUGGGCGUGUCAAAGAGAUCUAUGAGAAUGCCAUCAAGAAGUUUGCCAAAGCUUUGAAGUGGGAGCAGGCUCGAACGGGUUACGUGUGGAACGAGUCGCAGCAUAUCUUGUCUGUACGGCGAAAUGCUAGAGAGUCAAAAACCUCGACCCACAAACUUUACACUGACCUGAUAAAUCAGUCCUCUCUGGCCCGGGCAAUCUACACCGUAUACACCAGUAUAUCGGCAUCCAAGAUUGCCUCUGUUUCAUUGAGUCCCCAUGUUUCCAUCUCGCUGCAGAUCCCACCGUUGACCUCGACACCAUACCUCGCUGGCCCUGCGGACAAGUCUUAUCCAGGUCUCUGGUUGACAACCGCAGAUAGCGCAACCCCAGUAGACGAACCCGGUAUUGACGAGAUCAAUUCGCCCCAUCAGGUCCUUGCGAAGCACUUUGCACUACUUUUACUGGAUAGUGAGGCAUCUAUUAUUAAGGACGUUGAAGCUUCGGGAGGCACCCUUUCCGCAGCAUUGGGUCACUAUAUCCGCUGUUCAAAGCCAACUAAGUCGUUCGCCCAAAUUUCACUAACCUCAGGAAUUCCACUCUCAACGAUCCAGAUGCUAGCCAGUCAUUUAGUCUACUGGCGCCGUGCCCGAGCCAUUCCCCCCAUCCAUCAGCGAGACACAUACAUUGUUUCCCCCAACUGUGAUCUGAGCAAACUUGAAGUAGCGACGAUUGCAUACCAGACGGCAUUUCCGACAAUGCCUAGUCUUCCAAAGAUGCUCUCCUCGCUCAGCGGCACGCCCCGUCCGUAUGGAAGCUUCAUCCCAAGCAAAGACCACAAAGAAACAUACUUUUCAAUUCUCGCAUGGCUUCUCCGCGGCGGCUGGGUCACCCAGCUACGCACCUUUGCCCGCAUCAAAGUGACUCCCGAGAUCAAAUUAGCGGUGGAAAUGGCACUGCGAAAAGAAGAAGUUGACCGCUACCUCGCCAAAGGUAAUUCCAGCUCCCUAGCAGACCUGGACACAGACAGUUCAGACGAAGAUGACGCCAACUCUUCGUCCUCAUCUUCACUCGCAAGUCAUGGUAGCGGAGACGACACACCGAUGCCGGGUCGAGUUGACCCGCAUGCACAGCUCCGCACUUCGCAUAAGUUACUGGACAGGUCCACCGCUUUGCGGCAGUCAUCCUUGAUCUUAUCUCCGCACCGUGCAUCCCCACUUGAAUCCCGAUGGUUAGAUGAAAUCGUCGCCCGAUUUCCCGACAAUCCUGGGGACGAGCAAUUGCUCGAAGGUGUCAGUCCGGAGAUAGCGCCGAAAGACCUUCAAAAGCUCCAAAGUCUACUGAAGAUAUACUGGCCCUCGUUUAUAAAAUAUUUCAACGGACAUGAUGCAUUGGAGAAGAUUUCCGUGCGGGAGAAUCUGAAGCGCAAAUUAGUGUGGCGGGUCCUUACCCGCCUGGGCUUCAUAGGGCCGACGGGAUCAGUUGAUCUAGACGCGCGGGAACAGGUGCUUAUUAGUGUUCGGCAUUGGUAG